AUGUGUCUGUCUCAAGGAAUCUCUGAUUGGGUGGAGAAGGAUAGCCACUACAGUGACUGGCAAAGAUUGGCAAGCAUCCCAGUGAUGGACAGGCAGCUCCCUCCAUCCAAACACCCUCUAGACCAAGGACAUCUCUCCCUGCAAGCCAACCUGCUAUAUGACAACCACAUAGGGUGGCUCAAGAACUGUCCACUUCUGUUCAGUCCAACCCAACUCCAACAUAGAGCAAACUUCUACAAUGCCUGGAUCAGAGUUCAAGGAUGGCCCCAAGAUAAAUACACCCCAUACAUCCCCUUGAAGGUCCAUCUAGCAACCAUCCUUCAGAGACUUUUGGUCAUCCAAGAUGUAAUGAAAUGGGCUGUCAGACAGGGGAUCCUUGAAGUGGAAGGAGACAUCAUGGACAGCUUUGUGAAAUGGUGUUACAACUUGCAUGUAGGGAUUGGAAAGAUGGAGGCUGGGGCUUAUAUCAGGGAGAAAAUACAUGAUCUCCACCAGUUUGUGAAAAAAGGAGAGCCUCUGGGUAUGGUGGCCAGGCUGUGCUCUGGAGUGACCAUCAAAAUCCACAAUCAGUAG